GUGUUCAGCUGCUGAAGCGUACAAAAUGUGACAUCAUGCGCUCCCUCUGUGGGCUGCCCAAAACUCAGCAUGACCUCAGCUCCUUCGUGGUGGACACGUGGUUCCAGACGGAGAUGAUGCUCUGCUUCUCUGUCAACGGGGUGUUCAAGGAAGCGGUAGGCAUGUCUCAGGAUUCUGUUCGUGCCUUCACCCGGACCUUCAUCACUACCCCUGUCAGCAAGCACAGUCUAUGCAUCGUGAACGAUGAUUUGUUUGUGAGGGACGCCAGCCCCAAGGAGACCCCGAGCACAUUCUCUAUCCCAGUGCCUACACCCUCCUGCUGCUCCUGGCCCACCCCUUGCCAGAAGCAGCAGGAAAUGGGGCCGACUUUCUCCGCCCAGUCUGGGAUGAAUCUCCAGUGGUCUCAGAAGUGACUUCAUGACAGCCAGUGGGACUACAUUGGUUCUCACUUGGCCCAAGGCCAAGCACAUGAUCCCAGAGGAGACUUUCAUCCAGACUCAUCCAGGAUGCUGAGAACACAGCCCUGACAAGAAACUGUUUUUGUGGCCAUCUUCACCGUCAUCAUCUUUGUUGUCUUUUUUCUCUAGCCUGAGUUCAUCUUUGCCUGAGCGGGAGGUUUGCUGGGAGCUAGGUAGCCAACUUUUAACUGACACUAAUCCGCUCCAAGACCAAUUGUGUAUUUUCCCACGCAGGAUCCCUGUUUCUGUUCUUAAUAAAUAGUGACAUUGCAUGUUA